UUGCCUUUUGGCUCUCAUAUUUUAUCUUCUUCAGGUCGCAGAUUUCUAGCAAGGCCAGGGUACAACAUUAUCUUAGAAGCCAAAUUUGACAACGAAAUUAUUACCUCAGAUCCAGUUUCCCACAAAGAAGAACCUAAAUUUGAACAAGAACUAGCAUGGGAGCUGGACAAGCAAGCCCUACGGCAACAUCGGAUAAAAAGAAGUUCUAUAAAACUACAGCUGUUUUCAGUUCAUCCUUUAACUCCUGUGAAGGAACCACUUGGUUAUAUUGUUCUGGAUAUUCGGUCAGCCAACAGCAAAAAGGUUUGGGUCCAAAUUCAGCUUAUUCUGUUUUUGUAG